AUGAGUUUCUGGCAGUUAGAAACUCUCCGGAAAUUUUAUAUUUUUUGGAGUGAUCCUGAAUUUGCACGGCUUUUAGAAUGCGUAGGCGCCUACUCUCGUUAUCUACUGCCUACCGUAAUACUUCGUAUGGCUUGUCUUCCCUAUUGUGCUGACAAAGAUUGGCCGGUUACCGUCCCGUCCCGUCCUAUCCUUGACAUCAAACUAUCACUUCCUCGAGGCCGAGUGUUCCAUUAUCUGAUCUUCCUCAACACUAUACCAUUUUACUUGGUACAGAGCCAUUCUCCUCCGCUACCUCAAGAGCUGAUUGACUGCAUCAUCGAUAUCCUGUGUUCCGAUAUCCCUGCACUCAGGUCGUGUUCCCUUGUCUGUCGCUCGUUCCUGCCUCGAGCCCGCGAGCACUUGUUCCGAGAAGUAGACAUCGAGACCUCACAUUUGCGCCAAUCUUUCCACGAUCUAUGUGUCGCUUCACCUGAUAUACCACACGUAGUCGAAUCUCUGAUCGGAGUCACACCCGGAGAAGAAGGCGGCGUUCCUCCAUACCUGAUUCUACAAUCUCUGCCUCGAUUAGAGAAGAUCGCGGUCUCCUGUACCGAGUGGAACAGCAUGGGCCCAACAUUCUGGGAAACCGUAUCCAAUCUUACUCAUCUUCGGUCUCUGAAAUUAAUUGGCACCGUGAUUCCCUCGAUAAGCAUCCUAUGUUCCUUGGUGUCGAGCCGUGUGGAGGAGUUAUGUCUCAUUGACACUGAGUUUGUGAGCAAGGAAGUUUGCCAGCACGACGGUUGUAAGACUCGGGUGCAGUCUCUCACUUGCUCGGGCAACUAUCGACCAAUUGAAUAUGAGAGUGUCAUGUCUCUCUGUCCGGCACUGGCGAACACGGCUCAUUCAAUCGAUGUUAAUUUGUAUGACCACUACCAUAUCCUUCAAAUGAAGGAACAGGUGGAAAAGGGCAACCUUCGACAUAUCACGGUCCUCCACAUACCCAGAGAUUCCCAUAUUCACCGUAAUCUCCCGAUCCUGCCCAUCCGUCGUCUGCGCUCAAUUUCUGUGCAGCUAUGGGACCACCAUAGUCAACCCGACGUCACUGCCGGUUUUCCUGACUUGGGUCUACUCGAAUGGUGGAUUCAAAACUUUGAGCACUGCAAGAACAGCGAUAUCCAACGCGUUACGUUUCGUGUCUGCUACGACUCUGUAUAUAGUCCUUCGGACGAUUACUCGGUUUGGAGGAAGCUGGAUAAGGCUUGUGCGGCGAUGAGCUCCCUUCGCUCGUUAGAGAUCGUUGUGCUGCGAGAUAGCCUUGCGGGGAUGGAAAUUGAUAUUAUAUUGGCUCAUGGCAUGCGCGCCAUUGAGGAUCAGCUUACUCUUUCCAAACAGCGUGGUAUCGUCUCUGUGAGCGAGCAGUGA